AUGGCUAAGAUAACUGUGCGAAUUGCGCGGCCGCCUUUGAAGAAGACGAAGGAAAAGAAAACUAGUGUCUGUCUGAAUUCCUUGCGUAAGAAAACGGCUAAGAAAACUCUGGGAGUUGCUCGGUCCCCUUUGAAGAAGAAGAAAAACGAAAGUAGUCUAUGUCUCGAUUCUUCAUCGUCGUCGUCCUGGAUCAAAACCCAAUUGCUUGGAACAGGAGCUUAUGGUUCUGUUUACCUAGCGAGGAGUAAAAAGGACAAGGAUCAUUAUUUACCAGAGAGGGCGAUUAAAACGGCAGAGCUUUCACGGGCUUCGAGCCUGAUGGACGAAGGAAGGAUCCUGUUCCGUUUGCAAUCUCCUUUCGUAGUCAGUUGCUACGGCGAAGAGAUGGCGCGCGACGAGAAUCAAUACAAUCUGAUACUCGAGUACUGCUCAGGGAGAGCCAUCGCCGACUUGAUCGAGGACGGACAGGGAGAGUUACUUGAGUGCGAUGUGAAGGUGUUCGCUAGAGAUAUCUUGUCCGGUCUCAGAUACAUCCACGACCGAAACAUCAUCCACUGCGACAUCAAACCGGACAAUCUCUUGCUCUGCCCUACCGAUCGCCGGUUUAGGCCUAAUGGCUACUUGACCAAGCUUGGGGAUUUCGGGUUAGCAAUGGAGAAAGGAUCCUUAGAGUAUGGUGACGGGUACGGUCAUAUGAGAGGCACCACCAGAUACGUCGCUCCUGAGCUCAUGAGCCAUCACUUUGUGGACUUCGGGACAGAUAUUUGGGCGUUGGGGUGUACCGUUGUGGAGAUGCUGAGCGGCAGAGCAGUUUGGGAAGAACAUGGUGAUCUCGGUUUUGAUGACUGGGUCGAUCUCAUCGGCUAUACCGAGUGUCUUCCUCGUGUACCGGGCUGGUUAUCUGAAGAUGCCAAAGACUUCCUUAGCAGGUGCUUGGAGAGAGAUGUACACAAGAGGUGGUCUGCUUAUUCACUCUCGGAACAUCCCUUUGUUAAGCUGUGA